UUCAAUCUAUUUGAAACUCUUUCCUCAUUUUCUUUACUAAUCUUCUCCUUUUUGUUUUUUGUGUUGUUGAAGUAUUCUAUCUGAAAACUGGCUAAAAGGUUCAAUACCAGAAAAUCUGGGCAACUCAUCUAUUACAACUCUGGACUUGGCAGAGAACCAACUAUCUGAAGAAAUUCCUGAGAGUUUAGGAAACAUUUCGAGCCUUGAGCACCUGCGUUUAUCUGAUAACCAGUUAACUGGGACGCUUCCUAAAUCUCUUGGAAACUUACAGAAUCUCUAUGGAAUGGUGAUGGCAAACAAUAAACUUCAAGGAAAGCUGCCUCAAAGUUUUGAAAAUCUUACAAGCUUAAGGCAGUUCAAUGUUAGGGGCAAUGAAUUCAUUGGUCCAGUCCCAGCAUAUAUUGGAAACUGGAACCAGCUGCAGUUACUUGUACUUCAAGGUAACCGUUUUGAAGGCCCUCUUCCUAGUACAAUCUCCUCCCUGGACAAGGUCACUGAGAUGCGCAUUGCUGACUUGUAUGGAAGAAAAGGAGAACUUUUCCUAUUUCCAAAUAUUUCAAGAAUGACACAACUUGAAACUUUGGUCCUGAGAAACUGUUCAAUCAAUGACUUAAUCCCACCAUAUCUUGGUGAAUUCCUUGCACUGAGCCAUCUGGACUUGAGCUACAACAAAUUGACUGGUGAAGUCCCAGAUUUCGCAAACCUAACAAAUUUAUAUCUUCGAGCAAAUAAGUUAAUAGGGCCAAUUCCUACACUGUCUACAAAUAAGACAGAAGCAAAUCUGGAUUUCUCAGAGAACAAUUUCACCUAUUCAUCUAUUGCAGAUUACAGAUCCAACAGGAAUACGAAUUCAUUUGCAUGCUGCUCUUCAUCAGCAGACUUGGAUAGUGCAUGGCAAAAUAACAAUUUCUCCUGUGGCGAGGAUCAAUUGGAAAAUGAUCGGUUCUAUAUUAAUUGUGGAGGUGACAAGGUAACAACAGCCCAAGGUACAUUCGAAAGUGAUGUAAAUCCAGAAGGAGCAUCAACAUUCUAUAUCAGUGAUGACAAGAAAUGGGGGUACAGUAGCAUGGGGAUAUAUGACCCAGAGCAAAUCUUUUCCAUGAGUUACGCCAAAUCAAUUGAAUCCCAUGCGGAUUGUGGAUUUGAAAGUAUUCAAAAUAAGGAGAUAUCACUAUACAAGUCAGCUCGUGUUUCUCCCAUAUCUUUGAAGUAUUUCGGGUUCUGCAUGAAAAAUGGCUUGUACAAAGUAAAACUUGAUUUUGCUGAAAUCACAUUUAAAGAGAAAGCGGAUCAUAAGAGUAGGGGGAAUCGCCUUUUCGAUGUCCUUAUUCAGGGUACAAAGGUCUUAGCUGAUUUUAACAUUAAAGAUGUUGCUGGAGGUCUAAACAAGAAUGUUUCUCGGACAUUUCAAGCUGAAAUCAAGGGGAACAACCUUGAAAUUCACUUAUAUUGGGCUGGGAAAGGCUCAAAACGUGGUCCUUAUGAACUCUACGGUCCUCUUGUUUCAGCUAUUUCAGUAGAGCCUGUUCUCAAACCUGUAAAGCCUUCCAAAAAGCUCUCUCCUUUAACCAUUGCUUGGAUUUCAGGAUCCAUUGUUCUAUUCCUGGUUCUGGUUUUUAUUUGCCUCUGGAAAAUGGGUUAUCUUCGUGGCAAGGAAUCAAAAAUCGAAGCACAAAAAGAACUUAUUUCACUGCCUGGUGGAGGACUUUUUACUUAUAAGCAACUAAAAGUUGCCACACAAAAUUUCAACAACGAAAACAAGAUAGGUGAAGGAGGGUUCGGGGCUGUCUUCAAGGGAGUGCUUCCCAAUGGGACAACCAUAGCAGUAAAACAGCUUUCUGCAAAAUCAAAGCAAGGGAGUCGUGAAUUUGUCAAUGAGGUUGGUGUUAUAUCAGCUCUGCAACACCCAAAUUUAGUAAAACUACUAGGAUGCUGUAUAGAUGAAAACCAACUGCUUCUAGUCUAUGAGUAUAUGGAAAACAAUUCCCUUGCACAUGCAUUAUUUGGUCCUGAAGAACUGAGAGUGCAACUUAACUGGGCGAUCCGAUCUAAAAUUUGUCGUGGAAUAGCUAAAGGAUUGGCAUUUCUCCAUGAAGAAUCGAAACUAAAGAUUAUUCACAGGGAUAUCAAGACAACAAACAUUCUUCUUGAUAAGGAUUUUACUGCAAAAAUAUCCGAUUUUGGAUUUGCCAAGCUUCAUGAAGGCCAUCAGACCCAUGUCAUUACCAAGAUAGCUGGAACUACUGGAUACAUGGCUCCUGAGUAUGCCAUGAGAGGUCAUCUGACCAGUAAAGCAGAUGUAUACAGCUUUGGAGUAGUCUUGCUUGAAAUUGUCAGUGGACAAAACAGUGCCAGUUAUAGGCCAAAUGAUGAGAGUGUUUACCUUCUAGAUUUGGCUUAUGUUUUGCAAGAGAAGGAGGAUCUUUUAUCACUGGUUGAUCCUAUUCUAGGAUCUGAGUAUGCAGCAAAAGAAGCCAAAAUGAUUCUAGAAUUAGCAAUGCUUUGCACUAACCCAUCUCCUACACUUAGGCCUAGAAUGUCUGAGGUGGUAAAGAUUUUGAAAGGAAAAAGUCGGCUUAAUUAUACUCCAUCUCUUGCCCCCUAUUCAGCUGAUGGUUUUGCACGGGCCAAGGCAAUAGCUAGCCGUUCAUUUUCCAACUAUUCACGGAGCAUGUCUAGGGAAGAACCAUCUAACCCUGCGAGUUACGAGUUCAGCAUUAAGAAAGAAGAAGUGCAUAUCUCUGCUGAUUACACCCCAGAGAUCGCUGAUGAGACUGGAAGAUCCCCUCUUAAUAAUGUCUAAAUUUCUACACAAGUAACUUUCCUAGGCCGUUUCAAGUCUGGUACACUUGAAACUGUUAUAUAUAGUUUUUCCUUCUUUCUUCUGAUGUAAUAUCUUAGUCACUACUGUUUCCAUUGUAGCAUUGCCUAAAUAAACAUGAAAAGAAUAGUCUCUUAGGAGUGAUAAUAACUUGAUGGUUCAGUAGCCAAAUGUGUAUCAUAAUCAUUCCCAAGUUGAUGAAUUUCCUUCAUCUAUCAUGCUGAUAAGUUUCUUUUUCUUUUGGAUAACUAAA